AUGAAGUUCAUUAUUAUAUUAUUUACCUUAAUUCUGAUUGUUACAGCUGCUCAAAGAAUCUACAACAAAGAUUACCUGUACUAUGGUUGUAAUUCAUACUGUGAUAAAGCCCUGGAUCAAGAAGAUGCAUGUGGCUACUAUGAUGACGAUGUUUCAUACCAAGACUAUUAUGGUUGUUUAUGUGGAAAUGAAAUUUUUUUGAGCAAUUUGAAAAGCUGUGAUUGUUUUACCAGUAUCAUUGCUUCUGUAUCAAAAUCAGUUUGUUCAAAGGCAACUGAAGAUUCGGAUUGGGGAUAUUAUGAUGAUAGUACUCUGUCAAUCAUGGACUUUUUCACUGCUGACAAUACACCAGCAUCUAACACUGGCAUGACUACACAAACUGAUGGUGCUAUUAAUGAUAACCAAAAUACCGGCUCUAAAACAAGUUCAGGAGCUGCUAAUUAUUUAACAAGUUUCAGUAUUGGUACAUUUUUUGUUUUUGUUUUAGGUUUAAUUUGA